UUGUUUUCGUCUGCAUCCUCUGUGAAUGACGUGGCGUGACGUUGGGAUAGUUUCUUUGAUAGUAAAGGAUUUUUGAUUUCUGAUUUAUUGGAUUAUAAAGACGAAACUGGAUGAAUUCUAGAAGAAUAUAUUUUAACCGAUGAUUACUCGAAGGCGUCGGCAAGGCUCUGAAUCGGAGCAUCAGCCGUUUGCUGAACCCCAGUUGCAAAAUCAAGUGCUCAAAGGUCCUUCGUCCGUUUUACUUUGGUCGGGAGAAAGUCCGCAACAACAGGCAUCCUUUUUCAUUGUUCCGCAGGGUGAAAUAGGUGCAUUUGCUGCACCAAAUUUUUCAGAAAAUAAAUCUUUAGAUGUCCAAACAAAAUUAAAUAGUACUGAUAUGAUGGCCCUAGCAGCUAAUUCCAGUUCAGCGUUGCUUUCUUCCACCAAUGCUUCGUCUCGUGACAGAACUGCAGAGUUCCUUUCUGCAGUCAGAAGUUUCCAGAAUAGACCAGCAAAUGGAGUAGUGGGAAGACCAAAUCAUCCACAGCUGUCUCGAAAUAAUGAUCAACAACAUCAGCAGUAUUCUGAAUUCAUGAAAGUGGCGAAGGUCAUUAGCAAGGACUUAAGCAACACCUAUGCCAAGCUAGAAAAACUAACACUAUUGGCCAAAAAACGAACGUUGUUUGAUGACCGUCCUCAAGAAAUCCAAGAAUUGACUUAUAUCAUCCGCGAAGAUAUCACAAACCUGAAUAAACAGAUUGCACAUCUGCAAGGUUUCAUGAAGAAACACCAAAGUCAGCAACAAAAUACCAAGGCCCAUUCGGCAAAUGUUGUUGUAGCUCUUCAAUCAAAGCUUGCAAAUAUGUCCUCUGAAUUCAAACAAGUCCUUGAAGUCCGCACGGAGAAUCUUAAAGCCCAGAGAACUCGGCGCGAACAAUUUUCUGGCACCGCCCCAGUUGUGUCAGAUCUACCUGCCGCAGCAUUGACCGGAGGCCCAUUUGGGUCCUCUCAAAAUGGUUCCAAAGGAUCGGUAUUACUUCGGGAUGCGUAUCAGGCUCACGGAGGAGAAGCAGUAGCCAUCGAUAUGGGUGCGGCCGAUCACAGAACUACUAGGACUCAAGUUCAGCAACAAGUAUUCGCCGACGAAACCGAGUCUUACCUGCAAAGUAGAUCUGAUGCCGUUCAAAGUAUAGAAUCCACAAUCGUGGAGUUGGGUGGAAUUUUCCAACAGUUAGCGCUUAUGGUCCGUGAACAGGAAGAAAUGGUUCAGAGAAUCGACUCUAAUGUCGAUGAUGCGCAACUCAACGUUGAAGCUGCUCAUGAUGAACUGUUACGUUACUUUCGUUCCGUCUCUUCAAAUAGAUGGCUGAUGUUAAAAGUUUUUGGAGUGGUGCUUGUCUUCAUACUAAUCUUCGCCGUCUUUUUUGCUUGAAAUAUUUAAAGUAUAAUUCCCAAUUCCUUUAUCAAUACAUUUUCGAUCAUAGUGAAUUGAAAUAACGGUUCAUUUCUCUUCUUGCUUGAUAAUCGAAUGUAGAUACGAUGCCCUCUAAUGAAAAUGUUGCCCAGUCUUGCUGGUAAUUUUUCAUGAUGAAGUUAUCAACUGUGAUGUAUUUAGCAUAUGAUUUGGUGGUAAAAUAUCUUAAAAAUUCUAAAUAUAUUGUAAACUGGA